AUGGACACUUGUCUCAAGGAGCGCUGCUUCAUGACCUUUGUGUGCUCUGACUUCAACUUCAACACAGGACUGAAAAAGAAAGAAAAUAACAACAGUGAAGAUUCCGGAUCAGAUCCAGACAUCAUCCCGGAAUGUCCCAACAUUUCAGAGGGAGAGAGAGUGGACUGUUUUCCGGAUGCUGGGGCUUCUCAGCAAAAAUGUUUGGAAAGAGCUUGCUGCUGGAGCCCCCUGAAUGAGACUAAUGUCCCCUGGUGCUUCUUCUCCAAAAACCACGGCUACAGCGUGGUCAGCGAAAGCAAGCCAGACAGCACACAUAUUGAGGCUAAGCUGACAAGAAUGGAUGCUCCAUCUCUAUUUGGAGCUGAUAUUAAAGAGUUGACCUUCUACGCUGAAAUGCAGACAGAAAACCGUCUUCGAUUUAAGAUCACUGACGCCAAUCAAGCCAGGUUUGAGGUUCCUCAUGAGCACGUGCAGUCGCUUUCCGACACUCCCAACGGACCACUAAAAUAUAGAUUGGAGCUGAUCCAGAAACCCUUUGGGCUGAAAGUUUGGAGAACAACAUCUCCUGAAAAACUCCUGUUUGACACAACCUUUGGGCCACUGGUUUUUGCUGAUCAGUACCUUCAGCUCUCGGCUAAACUCCCCUCUCACAAUAUUUAUGGACUUGGAGAGCAUGUCCAUCAGACCUUCCGCCAUGACACCAAGUGGAAGACCUGGCCUAUCUUCACAAGAGAUGCUUUUCCCAAUGGAGGCACACACAACCUGUACGGCCAUUACCCAUAUUUCACAUGUCUUGAAGAUACGAGCGGCCAAUCCUUUGGAGUUUUCCUCAUGAACAGCAAUGCUAUGGAGGUGACGAUCCAGCCUGCUCCGGCCGUAACCUUCCGGACUAUUGGAGGGGUUCUGGACUUCUACAUCCUGGUUGGAGAAACACCGGAGGCAGUGGUGGACGAGUUCACGAAGCUGAUUGGCAGACCUUUCAUCCCUCCAUACUGGUCUCUGGGCUUCCAGCUCUCUCGCUGGGACUACGGCAGCCUGGAGGAGGUGAAGAAAGUCGUGGAGAGAAAUCGACAGGCUGACCUUCCGUAUGAUGUCCAGUACACUGAUAUUGACUACAUGGAGAACAAAAAAAUCUUCACCUAUGAUAUGGAUAAAUUUGCGGAGCUGCCUCAGUUUGCUGACUACAUGCAUGAUAAAGGGCAGAAAUACAUCGUCAUACUGGAUCCUGCCGUAUCCACAGGUCAAAGGAUAAAUGGACCCUAUGAUUCACUUGAGAGGGGACAUGCAGCUAAGGUUUGGGUCACUGAACCAGAUGGGGUAACGCCUCUACUGGGAGAGGUCUGGCCAGGGGAAACCGUGUUUCCUGACUACACUAACCAGGCUUGCAUUGAUUGGUGGGUUGAUGAAAUUUCGCGUUUCCACAAGGAAGUCAAGCAUGAUGCUCUCUGGAUUGACAUGAAUGAGGUGGCCAAUUUCAUCAAGGGAGGCAUCAAGGGCUGCGCUGAUAACAAACUCAACUACCCUCCAUUCACCCCAUGUAUCCUUGAUGACCUGAUGUACAGUAAGACCUUAUGCAUGGAUGCUAAACACAAAUGGGGGGACCACUAUGAUGUCCACAGUCUCUAUGGGUACUCUAUGGUUCUGGCUACUGACAAGGCGUCAAAAGCAGUGUUUGGGACAAGCCGUUCCAUGGUCUUUACCCGCUCCUCCUUCCCCGGGGUGGGCAAGUACUCUGGGCACUGGUUGGGUGACAACGGCGCCAACUGGAAUGACAUUAAGUGGGCGAUACCCGGCAUGCUGGAGUUUAACCUCUUCGGAAUCCCUUACAUCGGUGCGGACAUCUGUGGGUUCUUUGACAACUCGACGGAGGAGCUUUGCACACGUUGGAUGCAAGUGGGUGCAUUCUACCCCUUCAGCCGUAACCACAACGCGCAAGGUUAUGCAGACCAGGACCCUGUAGCAUACGGCAUUGACUCUCUCGUGGUGACCACCUCCAGGCAUUACCUGAACAUCAGAUACACCCUCUUGCCGUACCUCUACACUCUGUUCUACAAGGCCCAUGUUAACGGAGAGACCGUAGUGCGUCCCGUAAUGCACGAGUUCUAUUCCGACAUUGAAACCUGGGCAGUGCACAAACAGUUCAUGUGGGGAGCACAUCUUCUCAUCACACCUGUGCUGGAUCCUGGUGUUGAAUUGGUGGAGGCCUAUAUUCCGGAUGCCAUCUGGUAUAACUUUGAGACGGGGGUAAAGAUUACAGAUCGCAAAGCAACAAUUAACAUGCACCUGCCAGCUGAUAAAAUUGGUUUACACCUGAGAGGCGGAGGCAUUCUACCUGUACAAAGACCAAACGUCACAACUACAUACAGCCGGCUUCAUCCCAUGGGACUGAUCAUCGCACUUGAUGACAACAAGGCUGCGUCAGGCGAGCUAUUUUGGGAUGACGGAGACUCUCGAGAUACCGUUUCAUCCGGUGUUUACAUUCAUUACCAGUUUUCUGUGGCUAAUGAUGUUUUGUCAAUGCAAGUUGCCCACAAUGAAUACACGGAUCCAAACAACUUGAAGUUUGAGAAGAUCACAGUGAUGGGAGUGAACACCGCGCCCGCUCUCGUGCGCGUGUCGGAUGGCAACACUGUUAUCACUCUGAAUGUGUCCCAGAUUAAUCACGAUUCUUCCACGCAGGUGCUACAUCUGGAAAAUCUGGAGCUGGAUCUGGGGAAGGACUACACAGUCAACUGGGAGUCCAAAAUCUCUGUAAAUAUUGAUUGCUACCCUGAAGGGGAUGAAAAUCAGGCCAAAUGCGAAGCCCGCGGCUGCAUCUGGGAGCCAUUAAGUAAUCCUCAGUGUUAUUACGCCGAGAAUCACGGCUACAUCACCAGCAACAAGGUUGAGACGGCAAGUGGCAUCACUGUAGAUAUAGACCGCAAUACCGAAUUCCCAAGUCAGCGGUCUCGAUCUCGAGACAUCAGCAAGCUACGGGUGGAUAUCACAUACCUGAGUGGAAGAAGCCUACGUUGGAAGAUCUUCGACCCAUACAAUGCACGCUAUGAGGUCCCCAUUCAUCUUGACCUGCCUGCCACGCCAGAAACAGACGAAACCAAAAGAGAGUAUAGGGUUCAAAUCAAUAACCAACCAUUUGGAAUCCAAGUGAUCAGAAAGGAAUCAAAUGAAAUGAUAUGGGACUCUGCCGUGCCGGGGUUUACAUUCUCUGAUCAGUUACUUCAGAUCUCCACAAUCCUUCCCUCAGACUAUGUCUAUGGUUUUGGUGAAACAGAACACCCCACCUACAAACAUGACCUCAACUACCAAAAAUACGGCCUGUUUGCGAAAGACCAGCCUCCAGGGUAUAAGCUGAACAGUUAUGGAGUCCAUCCUUUCUACAUGGGUCUGGAGAAAUCAAAAAGUGCUCAUGGCGUCCUCCUGCUAAACAGCAAUGCUAUGGGAGUUUCUCUUGAGCUGCUUACACAUAAUGGUGGUGCUGCAGUGGGGCUUUUAACAGAGUUGUGCUCUCAGAAAAUGAUCGGCCGCCCGGUUCUUCCAGCCUACUGGUCGCUUGGAUUCCAGCUUUGCCGCUACGGCUAUGCCAGCGACACAGAGAUCGCAGAUCUUUACAGAGACAUGAAAGCAGCUCAAAUACCUUAUGAUGUGCAAUAUGCAGACAUUGAUUACAUGGAGAGGCAGAUGGACUUUACUCUGGACCAAGUGAACUUUAAAGAACUGCCUGCUCUGGUGGACCAGAUGAGGGCUGAGGGGAUGCGUUUCAUCUUCAUCCUGGACCCGGCGAUAGCAGGCAAUGAGACAAAAGGCUCCUACCCUGCGUUUGAUACCGGGAUCGAAAAAGACAUUUUCAUCAAAUGGCCUGCUGAGUUUAGCAGUGACAUUGUGUGGGGAAAGGUAUGGCCUGACUAUCCCAAUGUCACUGUGGACAAUUCUUUGGACUGGGAUACUCAAGUAGAGCUAUUCAGAGCUUUCGCUGCGUUCCCUGAUUUCUUCAAGAACAGUACAGCAGAGUGGUGGGGAGAGCAGAUUAAAGACUUUUACAACAACAUCAUGAAGUUUGACGGACUUUGGAUCGACAUGAAUGAGCCAGCCAGUUUCGUGCAUGGAACCGUCGGAGAGAAUUGUCUAGGGAAUGAAGAUUUGGAAAAUCCUCCAUACAUGCCCCCACUGGAGUCCAAGCUCAGAGGUCUGAAACAUAAGACUUUAUGCAUGAACAGCGAGCAGAUCCUUGCCAGUGGCACACACGUCAAGCAUUAUGAUGUCCACAACUUGUACGGCUGGUCUCACACGAAACCCACUUACGAUGCUUUGCUUAGUACCACUGGAAAGAGAGGUGUCGUAGUUACCCGUUCAACAUACCCAUCUAGUGGGCGCUGGGCAGGACAUUGGCUGGGAGACAACUACUCUGCCUGGGACCAACUUCUGAAGUCCAUUAUAGGCAUGAUGGAGUUCAGCAUAUUUGGCAUCCCUUACACUGGUGCUGAUAUCUGUGGCUUCUUUAACACUGCUGAAAAUGAGAUGUGCCUGCGUUGGAUGCAGCUUGGAGCUUUCUAUCCGUUCUCCAGAAACCACAACACCAUCAACAUGCCAAGGCAGGAUCCCGUGGCCUGGGGGCCGGAGUUUGCUGCUAUGUCUCGUGAUGUGCUGAACAUUCGCUACACCCUCCUGCCGUAUUUGUACACACUGAUGUAUGAAGCCCACGUUCACGGAAACACUGUGGUCAGACCGCUGUUGCACGAGUUUGUCACUGAUGAAAAAACAUGGGACAUCGACCGACAGUUCCUCUGGGGUCCCGCUCUUCUAAUCACACCUGCUUUGGACCCGGGUGUUACUGUGGUCAGGGGAUACGUGCCAAAUGAGCGCUGGUAUGAUUACCACACGGGUGAAGCUGUUGGGGUGCAAGGACAGUUUGUGGAUAUGGAUACACCGUUGACAAAAAUUAACCUGCAUGUGAGAGCAGGACACAUCCUGCCCUGGCAGAAACCAGAGAACAACACGCACUACAGUCGUCUGAAUCCUCUGGGUCUGAUUGUUGCUCUAAAUGAUGAAGGUGUAGCACAUGGAUCCCUGUUCUGGGAUGACGGAGAGGGAAUCAAUACUGUUCAGAAUGGGCGAUACCUCUUGACAACUUUCUCUGUGUUUGAUCGUACUCUUACCAGCGAGGUUUCCGUAAAUGGGCUGGCCGAGGCUGACAGACUGACCCUGGGUGUCGUGAGGGUUUGGGGUGUAACAGAGGAAUUCUCUCAGGUUACCAUGAAAGUGGCUGGGAAGCCUGAUGCCAUCUUGGAAAACAGCUAUAACCCUGAGAUUCAGGAGCUGCAGUUUGACGCAACACCACAAUCUCACACCAUCGAAACGUCUUUCACAAUCACCUGGACCAAAGCUUGAGCCAAGAACAAUCGCAAUUAUUUCUGUUUUAUUUAUGAAUGUUCAGUCAACUAGUAAUUUAUUUAGCAUUUCCGCUGGAAGCUUUUUAUGGUAGAUAUCGUCUGGACUUAAAACAUGAAAUUAUUUCUUCUAAAGUAAAGGUUUUGUUGCUAUCUUUUUGGUUUGGAUCUCAUAUUAGAAACAGAUUGUGCUUGUACAACUUUAGGCCAAACUUGGAAGGCUGAAUCUGUAAUGCUGGCAUUUGGGGAAGAGCGAAUAUAAUGAUAACCCUUAAUUAUAGACAAUCACAGCUUUUUAACGAGAAAACCUCUCAGCGGUGGCUACCUGCCGGGCGUGCUUCACACAUGACUACAGUUUGAUGUAAUGAUACAAUAAUAAAUUAUGAAUUCUACAGUAAACAUAAUGAUAGCAAUUAAGCAAUAGAGACUGUAAAUUGAUUUCUGCUCUAAUUGGCAAUCAUGGCGAGCUGGAGAGAUGGACACCUCGGGGAAGAGGGCAGGAAGGGUGUGCCUUCGAUAUUUAGACGCUAGCCAAAACACGGUGAUAAUUGAGAAGCUUUUUUUAUCCGAGUGUGAAACAGGAUGGAACCAUUCUGACUGAGACUGUAAUUAUUUGGGUUUUCUAUUAUGCAAAAAAAGGGUUUAUCCAGAGCUUGUAUUUAAUUAGCAAAGAACAGUGGUCCUGCUUUCCGCAGUUGUCCUACUCUAGUCAGGCAGUGAGGAAACGUACAAUUAUUCAUGGAGUUUAUACAAAGUUUCAAACUUGU